GGGGUCGACGUUGCGUGUGGCUGGCUGGCCCAAGCUCCACCACAGAAACGCCGGGAAAACGCCAUGCGCCCUCCACUUCUCCGGUCUACCCGCGGCCCUGCUCCGCUCUGCCGUCACGCAACCUCGCACCCGCCGCCUCGCUCCGGUUCUCACUUGACAAAAUCCGGCCGGAAUUCUUCUUCGCUUCCGCCGGUUUUAGCGCCAGAGCCAUGGUACCAGCACCAAUGUUCUAGAACCGCCCCGAGAUAAGUGGCAGUACAAAGCCGGAGCGAGGAAGAUCUCACCCCCAAAACCUCCGCCCCCCCUCCAGACGAUCCCGAGGAAGGAAGGAAGGAUCAAAUGCCGGCGGUGGCGAUGCCUACCGCCUCCCUCACCCUGCUCUCCCCGCGGCACCGGCCUUCCCUCCUCCUCCCGGCCUCCCGUCCCUGCAGCAGCGGCCUCCGUCUCCGUCCACGCCGCGGCCGCGGCCGCGUCGGGAGCACCCGCCUCCGCGUGGCCGCCCCGCCGUCCGUCCCCGGCGAGGCGGAGCGGGCGGAGGACCCGAGCACGAGCGCGAGCGCGUCGCCGGGGUCGCCAGAGGAGCGGUUCGUGUGGCGGGACCACUGGUACCCCGUCUCCCUCGUCGAGGACCUGGACCCGCGCGUGCCCACCCCGUUCCAGCUCCUCAACCGCGACCUCGUCAUCUGGAACGACCCCAACUCCGGCGACUGGGUCGCGCUCGACGACCGCUGCCCCCACCGCCUCGCCCCGCUCUCGGAGGGGCGGAUCGACGAGACGGGCGGCCUGCAGUGCUCCUACCACGGCUGGUCCUUCGACGGCUCCGGCGCCUGCACCAGGAUCCCGCAGGCCGCGGCCGAGGGGCCCGAGGCACGCGCGGUGCGCUCGCCCAGGGCCUGCGCCACCAAGUUCCCCACGCUCCUCUCCCAGGGCCUGCUCUUCGUCUGGCCCGACGAGAACGGCUGGGACAAGGCCAAGGCGACCAAACCUCCAAUGUUGCCGAAAGAGUUCGAUGACCCGGCCUUCUCCACGGUGACGAUCCAGAGGGACCUCUUCUAUGGGUAUGACACCUUGAUGGAGAACGUCUCUGAUCCCUCGCACAUAGAAUUUGCUCACCACAAGGUCACUGGGCGAAGAGAUAGAGCCAAGCCUUUGCCGUUCAAAAUGGAAUCAAGCGGCGCAUGGGGAUAUUCAGGGGCAAAUACCGGUAACCCUCGCAUCACUGCAACUUUCGAGGCCCCUUGCUAUGCACUGAACAAGAUAGAGAUCGACACUAAAUUACCCAUUGUGGGAGAUCAGAAAUGGGUGAUAUGGAUUUGCUCCUUCAACAUUCCCAUGGCCCCAGGGAAAACUCGUUCGAUUGUCUGCAGCGCUCGAAACUUUUUCCAGUUUACCAUGCCAGGAAAGGCAUGGUGGCAGCUUGUCCCUCGAUGGUACGAACACUGGACCUCGAAUUUGGUCUACGAUGGUGAUAUGAUCGUGCUUCAAGGCCAAGAGAAGGUUUUCCUGUCUGCAUCCAAGGAGUCGUCUGCAGAUGUUAAUCAGCAGUACACAAAGCUCACAUUCACGCCCACACAGGCCGACCGAUUUGUCUUGGCAUUCCGGGCAUGGCUAAGGAAAUUCGGCAAUAGCCAGCCUGACUGGUACGGAAGCCCUACCCAAGAUGCAUUGCCUUCUACGGUCCUUUCAAAGCGAGAGAUGCUGGACAGAUACGAGCAGCACACGCUCAAAUGCUCGUCCUGCAGAGGAGCGCACAAGGCCUUCCAGACUCUGCAGAAGGUGUUCAUGGGGGCGACGGUGGUGUUCGGCGUGACAUCCGGGAUCCCUGCGGAUGUUCAGCUCAGGAUAUUGCUCGGCGCCGGCGCUCUGAUCAGCGCUGCUCUGGCCUAUGUCUUCUACGACCGCCAGAAGCAUUUCGUGUUUGUAGACUACGUGCACGCUGACAUUGAUUGAUUAGGGAGAUCAACAUGAGUUAUUUUUGUGAGGAUGUGGUGUGGUGUGGAGACAUCACACGAGAUCAAUCAUGUGCAUAGCCUAGCCAAGGAGUACAUAUAGCUUUCAGUGGGUACAUGAGAUUGUCCCAGCAUGUUUAUACUAGGCGCUGUAUGAGCACUUACCAGGCUACUUUGUAAGGAAGAAAAGUCGGGUUGAAAACCAAUCAAUUGUUAGACCA